CCCCGCCCGACACGCACCCGCCUUCGCCCCCGUCUCACCGGAGCCGUCGGGGCCCUGGGAACGGCCCGCGGAGUGCGGCGGGGAGCGGGCCCCGUCCCCCUUCGCCUUCUCUCCCGCCGCGGACGAUGAGGAGCCCCCACCGCCGAUUAAUAAAAAUAUGCAUUUCCAUAAUAUCACCUUUGAACUAAUGAAGUGGAAGUACAGAUGAAAAGAGUCUGGAGGAAGCUUGAAGUACAAUACAGUUUGAUUCUGUUCUCUGAUUCUUAGGAAACGAAGUUGGAAAAGUUACAAAAGCAUCUUUGCAGUCAAACACCAAAUCUUGUAUUGAGCUUCACCGAACAGACUAAGCUUAACAUUUGUCAAGCAGAAGGGCCAGUUGCUUUGCACAGAAGGGAUUAAAAGUGAACAAUGACUCGUUUGAGAGUUUAUGAGCGAUUGCUUGGAGCCUAUCUGCUUAUCAUUCUCCAUGUUCAAGGUCAAAAUCUAGACAGCAUGCGCCAUGGCACAGGAAUGAAGACAAAUCCUGACCAAAAGAAACAAGCAAAUGGAGUAACUCUCGCUCCAGAGGAUACUCUACCUUUUCUUAAGUGCUACUGCUCGGGACAUUGUCCAGAUGAUGCUAUUAAUAACACAUGCAUAACUAAUGGGCAUUGCUUUGCUAUCAUUGAGGAAGACGAACAUGGAGAACCCACACUUGCUUCUGGCUGCAUGAAGUAUGAAGGUUCAGACUUUCAGUGCAAGGACUCACCUAAAGCACAAUUACGUCGAACAAUUGAGUGCUGUAGGACUGAUUUCUGCAAUCAGGAUUUACAACCGACAUUACCACCACUUGAUAGUACAGAUGGACUUUUUGAUGGCAGCAUUCGUUGGAUGGCAGUGUUGAUUUCUAUGGCAGUCUGCAUAAUUGUCAUGAUCAUCUUAUUUAGCUGCUUUUGUUACAAGCAUUAUUGUAAGUCUAUGUCAAAGAGGCACUGUUAUAAUCGUGACCUGGAACAAGAUGAGGCAUUUAUUCCAGCUGGGGAGUCAUUAAAAGACCUUAUUGACCAGUCACAGAGUUCUGGGAGUGGAUCAGGACUACCGUUGUUGGUUCAGCGUACUAUUGCCAAACAAAUUCAGAUGGUGAGGCAAGUUGGAAAAGGACGAUAUGGUGAAGUGUGGAUGGGGAAAUGGAGGGGUGAAAAAGUCGCAGUGAAAGUGUUUUUCACCACAGAAGAAGCCAGUUGGUUCCGAGAAACUGAGAUUUACCAAACUGUUUUAAUGCGUCAUGAAAACAUCCUUGGUUUCAUAGCUGCAGAUAUUAAAGGCACUGGCUCCUGGACACAGCUUUACUUGAUUACAGAUUAUCAUGAAAAUGGAUCAUUGUAUGACUUUCUGAAAUGCACUACGCUAGACAACAGGGCUCUCCUCAAACUGGCGUAUUCUGCUGCAUGUGGUCUGUGCCAUUUACACACGGAAAUUUAUGGGACACAGGGCAAGCCUGCGAUUGCACACAGGGACCUGAAGAGUAAAAACAUUCUGAUAAAGAAAAAUGGAACCUGCUGCAUUGCUGAUUUGGGUCUUGCAGUCAAGUUUAACAGUGACACAAACGAAGUUGAUGUUCCCUUGAAUACUAGAGUGGGAACAAAACGUUACAUGGCCCCAGAGGUUCUAGAUGAAAGCCUGAACAAAAACCAUUUCCAGCCAUACAUCAUGGCUGACAUCUACAGUUUUGGACUGAUCAUUUGGGAAAUGGCUCGGCGCUGCGUCACAGGAGGUAUUGUUGAAGAGUAUCAGUUGCCAUAUUAUGACAUGGUGCCAAAUGAUCCAUCCUAUGAGGACAUGAGAGAAGUGGUGUGUGUCAAACGCCUACGCCCAGUAGUAUCGAAUAGAUGGAACAGUGAUGAAUGUUUAAGAGCAAUAUUGAAAUUAAUGUCUGAGUGCUGGGCUCAUAAUCCUGCCUCGAGGCUCACUGCCUUGAGGAUCAAGAAGACACUUGCCAAGAUGGUGGAAUCACAAGACGUAAAGAUUUGAUGUAGUAAAUUGACAUUGGAGAGCAAAGCUGGACUCUUCGAUCGUUUCACUCGAACGUGGGUGAGACCUAUGUGGAAGGAGGAAAUAACUGAGAUUCAGGAUAUUUUCUCAGCACACUUCUACAGGCUGCUAAUCAAAUCUUUCAGUACUUCAUAGACUGUGAUACUGAGAGCCUCUGUACACUACAUGCUACGUAUAUGGACAGCCUUGAUAAAAUACACAUUUUGGUUUUGUUUGAGCUGCAUUGAGACUUCAGUCAUACUUAGUGAGUCUCCAGUAAAACUCUGGGUACUGAAUUGAAUGUUCAGAUUAUGGUGCUUUCUGUGAAAGCCUAACAAGCUAUAUGGAUUCAACAGAGAUGGAGAAUAUAAGCUUUUUUUUUUUUUUUGCCUUCUACCUGAUGAAACCUAGUCAAUCCAUACCAUUUUUGUGAAAUAGCCUGUAGGUUAUGAAUCUGUUUGUGAUGCUACUCAGUUUAACAGCUCUUUAUGCCUUUAUGUGUGUGCCAGGAUUAUUUCGCUGUCAUUUGGAAUAGGUAAGAAACCAUUUAAAUGAACAAAGUUUUAUGGUCAGGGCUCCAUACAUUUUCUGACUCUACAAUCAGAGAUUUACUCUUUGCCAUUAAAUUAUCUUCUGGAAUGUCCGGUUAAAUUUUGUUUCUAUUCUUGUCUUGGUCACAAGAACUACAAAAAUGUGAACCAUUGGUAAAUUAAGGAAUGUCAACUUAAGUCUGUAAACAGCUUGACAUAGUCUCUGGGGGUACAGACUGCUUUGGUCAUCUCACUUAAAAUCUAGUGGGCUCUGUAAUUUGAUGCCUGUGAAGUUUGUCUUAUUUUUCACAAUGCCACAUGCAGCCAGUGUUUUUGCUGUAGAAUACUUGCCAUCUUAACAGAAGGACCAUAGAUGAUGUGUUAUGUCCUUCUGCCUUAUUGGAACUCACUGGUAGGUGCCUGUCAUGCUCUGGACUUUUUUCUAUACAGGAGGGAAUCAAGACAGCUAUAGGAGCAUGCUUUUUCAUCAUUUGACAAAACUAGGCACAAGAAAAGUUCUGAAAGGCUUGAGAGCAAAUCUAAUUUACAGACAAAAAAGAGGGAAGACAGGAAGCACAGGCCUGGCACUCAGCAGAUUAGAAAACACAGUAAAGGUCAAGAUCAGGAGAACAAAAUGUGUGAACUGUUGAAGGUAAGAUCCACAACAUGCAGAAGAUUUUGAACUGGGUUGUCCUGGUCUAAACACAGGAGGCCACAUCUGUGAGCCACUUAGGGUACAGUUAGAAAAUUCAAGAUUUAAGAAAAGAUAAAUCAGUGAGUGUUUUAAGUUCUAAAUAAGAACGUUUGAGAGGAAUGGCAUUGAAAGAUAGCUCAUGAAGAUAAGAUCAACACAAUCAAAAAGUUCAUUGUCAUUGCGCCAACUGACAUGCACAGGAGACUCUGAUUCCCUCCUUUUCUUCACCAAUCCAGACAAGUGGGUUAAAAGCCAGAACCCCUCCAUGAGGUUACUUACUGUAAGGCAGGAUUAUUGAUUUAUAAGUCCUUUGGCACUUCUACUUUGAAGUUAGAAAAUUGUACCAUAACUCAAGUUGAAGUUUGAAAUGCAUGAAUCAUCUGAAAAAUGAACAGACAGUAUUGGAACCAUUGAACCUAUUUGAUAAUUUAAGUGCCUAUAACUUUGUACUGUAAAUCUUAUUCAAGAUAACUUUAAAAAGGGAAGUUAUUUAUAUGCUGUGUUUUGUGCUUUAGUAAAGAAAAAACCAAACCACCUAGUCCUAGGUACAUGUGUCCAGUUACAUACAUGCACAAACACACAUGCCAUAGUUGAGAUUUGAAGAAAAAAUGUUAGGAAUAAUAUUAUAAUUGAUUAAAAAUGUUAAAACUUCAGAUUGAUUUAUGCCAAAUGAUUUGUUGUCUUAAAAUAUGUACAUGGAGAUUGUUUUCAUAUACGUUUCAGUUUCCCUUGAAAAUACAACUGAUAGGAAACAAUGUAAUGCAGAACUAAUGUCACUUGUGAAAAAUUACAACCUUCUAAUGUGGGGGUUUUUUGUUUUAAUUCUGUAGUUCACUUAAUGUAAAUGGUCAGGUAAAAGAUUGCAGUAUUUUUAUUUUCUAUUGUGAUGUACAGACUUUAUUUAACAAUUCUACAUAUUUUAUAGAAAAUU